AUGAAGUGUGUCGUUCCUUCGUAUUUGAAACAGUCCGAUAUGGAACUUGUACAGAAAUUCCGGUUCAUCCAGCACCGGGAAGAUGAGCGACUCCGAGAAGCCACGAUGGACGAUAAGCACUCCAGAUGGUCCUUGGGGGCUAGUUUUUUGGAGCAAAACGAUGAUAGAAAUAGGUACGUUAAUAUCAUGCCCUAUGAGCGAAACCGAGUAAAGCUCGACGUUGUCAGUGGAAACGAUUACAUUAAUGCAUCGUACGUGAAACUGGACGUUCCAGGCCAAAGCGUGGUACCGGGUCAUUACAUCGCCACACAGGGCCCGACAAAGAAGACGUGGCCGCAGUUUUGGCAGAUGUGCUACCAGAAAUGUCCCAAGGAGAACAUCGUGGUAGUGAUGGUAACCCCAUUGAAGGAAGCCAACAGGGCGAAAUGCUAUCCCUACUGGCCCAUGGGGAAAAAGCCAGAUGAUGCGGUAAAAAUAGUACCCAAGUCACAGUAUCCAGGAGGCGCCUCCGACGAGAGUUCGUUCCUCGACGAGCUUCACGUCGAGUACCAUGAUCACGUCCGGGUGGACGACCUCUACACGAUGACCACCCUCAAGCUAGUGCCCCAGCACGGCACUGGACCCACCAAAACGGUACACCACUUCUAUUUCGACCAGUGGAGGGACAUGAGUAAGCCAGAGGAAGUGGUCCCCAUCAUGAAGCUGUGCCGCCAUUCGCACAGCUGCAACUCGGAUGGAAAUCCGAUCGUGGUACAUUGCUCCGCCGGCGUUGGCAGAAGCGGCACUUUCAUAGCAUUGGAUCAUCUGAUCCACGACACAGCAGACUUCACACCUCACUCUCCUGCGGGCCAGGGAUACCAGACGCUUGUUCCUGUACAGGACUACCGCCACGACCUUAUAGAGCAGAUAGUCUCGCAACUGCGGUCCCAGAGGAUGAAAAUGGUCCAGAUGGUCGACCAGUACACCUUCAUAUACCAUGCCGCCAGAUAUCUCUACGAGCUGUCACAAAAAAAGCGGCUUGCAUAG